GCCCUAAUUGAUGAUGAAUGGUUUGACAGUUGUGGUCAAGUGAUUUUUCCUUUUCGAAGAAUAAUAAAAUUGGGAACAUAAAGUGAAAUCAAUUUAAAAAUUGUGUACUUCCACCUACUUUUUUGUAUUUUGGGAAGCGCCCUCGCGAUCAAGCAUCGACAAAGCAUAGAGUUGCGUACAGUUUCGAGCUGAUAAUCGCGAGAGGAAGGAUGUGGAUUUUCGGAAGAAAAGGGGAAUCGGGAUUUUCAGCAUGCUCCACAGCCGAGGAAGUUUCCCGAGGAAUUGAUGGCUCCGGCCUUACUGCUAUUGUCACAGGAGCAUCAAGUGGCAUCGGAACAGAGACCACACGAGUCCUUGCGAUGUGUGGUGUUCAUGUAAUUAUGGCGGUGCGGAAUGUCGACAGUGGUAGAAAAGUUAAAGAAACAAUAGUCAAAGAGAUCCCUGAUACUAAAAUUGAUGUUAUGGAACUCGAUCUUGGCUCUUUUGCAUCUAUACGGAAAUUUGCAUCGGAAUAUAACUCCUUGGGUCUUCCCUUAAACAUCCUCAUUAAUAACGCAGGGGUUAUGGCUCCUCCUUUCAUGCUGUCACAAGAAAACAUAGAGUUGCAGUUUGCGACUAACCAUCUUGGUCAUUUUCUUUUGACAAAUCUUCUGUUAGAUAACAUGAAAAAGACGGCGCGUGAGAGCCAGAAAGAAGGCAGAAUUGUCAAUCUUUCAUCGGAGGGACACCGGUAUACGUAUCUUGAAGGCAUCCGUUUUGAUAAAAUCAACGAUAGUUCAAGUUAUUAUAGUAUAUUCGCUUAUGGGCAGUCAAAGCUAGCUAAUGUAUUGCACGCUAAUGAACUUGCAAGGCGCUUGAAGGAGGAAGGAGUUGCAAUAACCGCUAACUCACUGCAUCCUGGUGCAAUUGCCACCAACCUUCUGCGUCAUCAUGGUUUCAUUGAAGGUGCAGUUAACUGGGUUGGUAAAUAUUUCAUCAAAAAUAUCCCUCAGGGAGCGGCAACAACAUGCUAUGUAGCAUUGCAUCCACAGGUUAAGGGCGUAAGUGGUGAGUAUUUUGCUGACAGCAAUAUCGGUAAAGCAAGUGCACUGGCCAAAGAUGCAGAAUUAGCAAAGAAGCUGUGGGAUUUCAGCUUGAAGCUGACAGAAUCCAAGUAAUUCAUCUCACCAACUUGAUAUAUAUUUGGAAUAUUGUUACUGCAUUCUGUUGUUGUGCUAUCUGGUCGCUUCGUCUUGUAUAAGUUGAUUGAUAUCCUCUUAUUACUUGGGUUCAUGUUGUAGAAUAUAUGUGAGCUUGAAACAUUAUCAAGACUUGAAUUCAUGUGCUGUGUUUCUUAUUUAUGAGGAUUUAUAUAUGAUUUUUUUUGGUCA